AUGCAAGAGACAUGGGCGCGCGCAGCGGCAUGCUUUGAAGAGCUUUCGAAAGUGUCCUCAAGGAAGGAAAUGAUAAAGAGACUCGGCGAGUACUUUGCCCCUCUAGACGAGGCUGAGCUCGUGCAGGCAGUCUAUCUCUCCAUUGCGAGAGUCUCGUCUGAGUCAAAUGGGCUGGAGAUGAACAUAGGCGAGAACAUUCUCCUAAAGGCGCUGAGCAAGUUCAGUGCAACACCCGUGGAGACACUGAAGAAGAGAAUGAAGGAAAAGGGAGACAUUUCCACAGUGGUGACUGUAUCUAUGCGUCCCAGGCUGUUCUUCAUACGCAAGAAAGCUCUGCUACUGUCGCACGUAUUCACUGCGCUGGAAAGCAUCGUGAGAAUCACAGGAAAAGAAGCAGCACUGAAGAAAACAGAAGCAAUAGCCGAGCUACUAGCACAGUGCACAACAGACGAAGAAGUAAAGUACAUCAUAAGAAUAGUAGAUGGGAAAAUGAAGAUGGGUCUCUCUACGCAGACAGUCCUAUGCAGUUUGGCGUUGGCUCUUCAGAAGAGAUUCUCCAAUAGUAGACAAAGUAGUGCAGAAAAUGCCACUAAUAAUAUCAGUAAUAUCAGUGGUAAUAAUAGUGGUAAUAAUAUCAGUAAUAUCUGUGGUAUUGGUAAAGAUAAAUAUGGUCCCAGCACUAUUGGUCUUACAGCUGGUGUUACAUCUGAGGGGCUUAGUAGCCCUGGUGAUGGCCUUUCAGCAGGAGGCACCUCAGUGUCAGUUAAUUCUCCUAACGCUAUUAAUACUACAGCUGAUAAUCUUACUAGCACUUCUAGUACUCUCAGCUCUCCUACAGAAAGUCUUACUAGCACAGCUGAUAACCUCAUUAGCACAGCUGAAAGCAUCCUCAGUGGAGAUCAUCCUGAUAAUAAAUCCAGGGAUGAUCCUGAUGAGCUUGCUAGUGCCCUUACAGACACUGGCGCUCUUACAGAGAAUACGAGUGCACUUACUGAGAGUACAAGGGCUCUUAGCGGUACAACUGAUGGCCUCACUGGGAGUACGAGUGCACUCAGUGGUACAAUUGAUGGACUUAGCUCCAUCAGUGUUAGAAAUAGCGAAAUAAAGGAUGAUGUGCAGAUAGAGACCUUUGAGGAAGGGGGGAAGAUAGAGUGGACAGAAGCAGAGAAUGAAAUAAUGGAGGCAAUGAAGGAGGCAUACUCCCAGCUGCCGUCUUUUGAAAGACUUCUCAAGCGACUCUUCAAGGAAGGCCUUAGCUCUCUCACAUCUUCUCUUAUCACACCAGGGUACCCCCUUAGACCGAUGCUUGCUAUGGCAGAGAAAGACCCGGAGACUGUAGCUGCUAGAUUCAAAGAAGAGUAUCUGGUGGAGUACAAAUACGAUGGGGAAAGAGUGCAGGCGCACUGUCUUAACGGUAAUGUAGAGCUGUUCAGCAGAGGCCUUGAAAAUACUACGGAAAGAUUCAGCCAGAUAAUAGAGCCGCUUAAGAGGGCGAAUAGAACGGGAAAAGACUUUAUACUCGAUGCAGAGGUGGUUGCGUACUGCAGAGACACGCACAAGAUCCUUUCCUUCCAGACUCUCUCCAACAGAAAAAGAAAGAUAUCAGAGCACAACAGAAACAAAGAAGAGAGUGAAAUAGCUCUUUUCAUCUUUGACAUCAUAUUCCUUGGCUCCCCCCUCAAUAAACUGCCGAUAAAAGAGAGAAAGAAAAUACUGAAAGAAUCGUUCACAGAGACCAAAGGACAGGUGGAGAUAGCCACUAGCCACGAAUUCACAUCACACAACACAGAGAGGCUGCAGGGAAUAUUCACAGACUCACUGGCUGCAGGAUGCGAAGGAGUGAUGGUAAAAAGUGCGGACAGCCUAUCUACAUACGAGCCGUCAAAGCGGAGUCAGAAGUGGAUUAAGCUUAAAUCAGACUACAUCACAGGGCUGCACGAGACACUUGAUCUGCUCGUGAUAGGAGGAUACAUAGGAAAAGGGAAAAGAACAGGAGUGUACGGAGGAUUCCUACUAGGCUGCAUCAAUGACCUCGGAGAGGUAGAAACAGUAACGAAAAUAGGCACAGGCUUCACAGAGAUAGCGUUAGAAGAAAUAAGCAAAGACCUGAAAGAGCUCAUCACAGACAUACCGCAGGCAGAUACAAACAUCAACAAUAAGCCUGAUGUGUGGUUCAAGCCAUCGCUCGUCUGGGAGGUUGCAGCAGCAGGCCUAUCAGCAUCGCCCCAAUACACAGCAGCGAAAGGAGCACAGGAGCUGCCAGAGGAAAGAGGGAUAUCCCUGCGCUUCCCUCGGUUCAUAAGAAAAAGAGAAGAUAAGAAUAAAGAAACAGCAACCUCGAGCGAGCAGAUACUGAGCAUGUUCAUACAGACAGGAGGGAGUAAUAAGUAA